AUGCAAAUGUUUUCUUUAAAUUUUUUUAUGUUUACCAUUUGUGGUAUAUGGCGACCGAUCAAAUGGUCAUCAAAUGGUGCCAAUUUUCUGUAUAAUGUAUUCACUUAUAUUAUAUUAUUCUCGGAAUACUUUUUAAUGUUAACUCAAAUCCUGGAUUUUCUAUUUGUUAUCGAUAAUGUCGAUGAUUUCGUUGCUAAUUCUAUAAUGUUCGUGAGUAUUGUUGCUAUCGUAUGUAAAGCGACUGUCGUUGUAAUACGUCGCAAUGCGAUCAUUAAUUUGAUACAAGUAUUGUUGACGGGUCCAUGUAAACCUCAAGAUGAGAACGAAAUGGCAAUACAAACAAAAUUUGAUAAGUUCGUCAGAUUGUGUUCAAUGAAAUAUUUGCUUCUGGCGAUGAGCUCACUUACAGGCGUCAUAAUAGGAUCAGUAUUAAAUAUUAUGCAGGGUCAACUACCUUGCCGAAUAUGGUUGCCAUUCGAUUACAAUGUGUCUCUAGUGUUCUGGAUUAUAUCUAUUCAACAAGUUAUAGCUAUGAUUGCUGGCACUAUCAUAAAUAUCGGUACGGAAACACUAGUCUUUGGAUUAAUUUUAGAAACGUGUGCCCAGUUCGAAAUUUUCGAAAAUCGUCUUCAUAAAUUAAUAAAUAAUAAAACAGUUAAAUAUCUGGAAAAUACAUUUUGCUCGUUGAAUGAGGACAAAACAGGUAUAUCGAAAUGCAUACGACAUCAUCUCAGUAUUUACAAAUAUGCCAAAACAGUAAAUGCUAUAUUCAAUCAAGUACUGUUCGUUCAAUUUUUCGGUAGUAUAUUGAUAUUAUGUACAUGUAUAUAUUACCUAUCAAUGCAUUUUACGGAACUGUCUGGAAUUGGAACUUUAAUAGUAUAUAUCAUUUCCAUGUUUGUACAAAUUUACAUUUACUGCUGGUCCGGAAACCAAGUUAUGCUUAAGGUAACUUACUCUAUUAUAGCCUUCAUCAGAUAUAUAAAUAUGCAAAUGCUUUCUUUAAAUUUUUUUAUAUACACCGUUAGCGGUAUAUGGCGACCAGUUGAGUGGUCAUCAAAUGGUGCCAAGCUGCUGUAUAAUGUAUUUACCUUUAUGGUAAUAUUCUCGGAGUACUUUUUGGUGUUAACUCAAUUUAUGGAUAUAGUUCUUAUUGUUGAUAAUAUCGAUGAUUUUGCCACUAAUACUCUAAUGUUCCUAUCUAUUGUUGCCGUAUGUUGUAAAGCGACUGUCGUUGUGGUACGUCGAAACGCGAUCAUCAAUUUAGUGGAAAUAUUAUUGAAAGCACCAUAUAAACCUCGAGAUGAGGAUGAAGUAGCUAUACAAACAAAAUUUGAUAAAUUCAUCAGAUCAUGCUCGAUAAAAUAUUCACUUUUAGCAACAAGUUCCGUUACAAGCACUACAAUAGGAUCAGUAUUAAAUGCUAUGCAAGGUCAUCUGCCUUAUCGAAUAUGGCUGCCAUGUGAUUACAAUGUAACUACGACGUUUUGGAUUAUAUCCGUUCAUCAGAUCUUAGCAAUAAUUUUUGCCACGAUGAUAAAUGUUGGCACGGAAACCUUAGUCUUCGGAUUGAUUUUACAAACGUGUGCUCAGCUUGAAAUUUUCAAAAGUCGUCUUCACAAGUUCAUAAUUAAAAAGACAGUUACAUAUCUCGGACAUGCACGCUCUUUGUCGAAUGAAGAUAAAACAUGGAUAUCGGAAUGUAUACGUCAUCAUCUCAGCAUUUACAAAUACGCAAAAACGGUAAACAGCAUAUUCAACCAAGUACUUUUCGUUCAGUUUUUUAGUAGUAUACUGGUAUUAUGUACGUGUGUGUAUUAUUUGUCAAUACAUAUCCAGGAACUGUCUGCGGCUGCAUCCUUAUUAGCAUAUACCAUUUGCAUGUUUGUACAAAUCUUCGUUUACUGCUGGUCCGGAAACGAAGUCAUGCUUAAAAGUAUGAGUAUAGCGGAUGCUAUAUAUCGUAUGAAUUGGCCAUUACUAUCGAUCAACGAAAAAAAAGGACUGUUGAUGAUCAUGAUACGUAGUACAAUUCCUGUAAAGUUCACUAGCAGCUUCUUGAUAACUUUAUCCCUUCAGUCUUACAGUAACGUAAUUUUCGUUGUCAAUAAUGUCGAUGAUUUUGCCACUAAUACUCUAGUAUUUUUGAGCACUAUUGUCGUUUGUUGUAAAACCACUGUUAUUGUGGUACGUCGGAAUGCGAUCAUUAACUUAGUGCAAGUAUUGCUGAAAGUACCAUACAAACCUCGAGACGAAGAUGAAAAAGCAAUACAAACAAAAUUUGAUAAAUUCAUCAGAUCGUGCUCGAUAAAAUACACACUUUUAGCAACAAGUUCCAUUACAGGCGGUACAAUAGGAUCAGUACUAAAAGCGAUGCAAGGUCAUCUGCCUUAUCGAAUAUGGCUGCCAUGUAAUUACAAUAUAUCUACGAUAUUUUGGAUUAUAUCUAUUCAUCAAAUGGUAACUACAAUUUUUGCCACCCUGAUAAAUGUUGGUACGGAAACCCUAGUCUUUGGAUUGAUUUUACAAACAUGUGCCCAAUUUGAAAUAUUGGAAAGUCGUCUUCACAAAUUAAUAAUUAAUAACACAGUUACAUAUCUGGGACAUACCAGCUGUUUGUUGAAUAAAAACAAAGCAAGUCUGUCGGAGUGCAUACGUCAUCAUCUCAGCAUUUACAAAUACGCCAAAGCGGUAAACGUCAUAUUCAACCAAGUGCUCUUCGUUCAAUUCUUUAGUAGUAUACUAGUAUUAUGUACAAGUGUGUAUUACUUGUCAAUACAUAUUAAAGACCUUUCUGCAACUGCAACUUUUUUAGUGUAUACCAUUUGCAUGUUUGUACAAAUCUACUUUUACUGCUGGUCUGGAAACGAAGUUAUACUUAAAAGUACGAGCAUAGCAGACGCUAUAUAUAAUAUGAAUUGGCCAUUAUUAUCAAUCAAUGAAAAAAAAGGAUUGUUGAUGAUCAUGAUACGCAGUACAAUUCCUGUAAAGUUCACAAGCAGCUUCUUGGUAACUUUAUCCCUUCAGUCUUAUACCAACGUUAGUAUGAUUUGGUGUCAAAAUAAAUAUUUGACAUAG